AUGUCGACUUCGGCACAAUUCGAUGAGCACUACGAAGAGCCGCUUCCGCCACAUGAUGAAGAUGAUGCGCCCGGAGGCACUGCUGCUGGAACAAUGAAUGGUGGUACCACGGAACCAGAGACUUCUCAGGAAGAAAAUGCAGUUUCGGACGACGAUGACAGCGACGAUGAGGAAGUGGUGAUCACAGUUGGCCAACCAAAACCGAACGUACCAUUUGUCUCGGUGCGUUUUUUUUUUUUUUGGUUUCGUUUUUGA